UCGAAAAGAUCCUACCAAACUCAUGGCUUUUUUUUACCUCUUCAAAUAUUCUUAUUUAUAUUUUUGGAUAUUUCUAACCCAAGCUUCUUGUUUUUUUAUUUUAGAAAAAUAAAACUCAUGACUUGAAUACCGUAAAACAGGUUUCAUUUCAUACUCGUGAAUUAACUCGUUACAAGCUUCAUUGUUCCACUCCAUGGCUAAACAUAGAACUUAUCCAGAACUUAACCUGUUAGCAAGACUGGUGCAGAACAGAGCGCGUGUAAAGUAAUACAAUCGAAAAUUCGUCCAAACGGAUCAGUGAGUCGGGCAAUUAUGUAUUUAUGUCUUCGAGCAAUCCACAAAUAACCGACGACAAUCGGAUGGCUUUGACGCGUUCGCUGUGCGUCACGAGCAUUCGCGCGUGCUCGAGAUACCGUAAAUCGUAAUAAGCAUAGACCUGAUAAUAAAUUAUUAUUAUUAUUAUCAGGUCUAUGGUAAUAAGUAAUAACAAUGGGAAUUUGUGCGACGCACGGGCAAGCACAAAGCUUGAGCGUUGUGCGGGCUCUCCUACUCUCAUGUGGGCGUGCCUUAGACUACUAAAAUUAUAGAGAAGGCAUUAUGCACGAAUCAUUAAUAAUAUGAUACUAUUACACAUUUACACAUGACUAAAUAUUUAUUUAGUCGUGCUAUUACAGACUGUAAUAAUAUCAAGCUACGAACCAAGUGUGAGUUGAGUAACUGAGUAAGUGACACUAGAAAAUUAGUACCUACCUAUCCUACCUUAUACAUAUCUAGUUUUCAUUAUGAAGUACCCAAUAGUAAUAAAUAGGUACUGUUACAAACUUUUUAUUGAAAUAAACUCAUAAUUUUCAGUAACUAAAAAAAAUUCAGGGGCUCUCCAGAAUAUUCCUGUGGAUAGUAUGAGUAAUGUUCAAAAUUCCAAUGGACAAUCUCCGAUUGUACCGUUUUCUCCUAUGGAAAAGUCUACUCUUACAGAAUCUUUGCAACAAGUACCAGUGGUGUUACAAUUUCAGCAACCAUCAACUACUUCAUUUCAAAUCCUAGAAUUUUCUAAACAUAAUAAUGGAAGAAAAAAUACAUUCUGUAAUGAGUCCCAAUCACAAGUCAAUAAACUGGCAUGUGAAAGUACUUUAGUACCCGCAAAAGCCAUAGAAUAUCAUAAAGCUCAGAAUUUCAACAGAAGCGUUCAAUCACUUUUGAAUAAAAUAACUUUAAAUAAUAUGCCUUUAAUAAUUGAGUGUUUUAAGGCAUUGCCAAUUGACACUAUUGAGCAUCUGGAGAAAACUGCUGAUUUCAUUUUUGAAAAGGCAAUAAAUGAACAAAGUUUGACUCCUGUGUAUUCAUUUUUAUGUUCAGCUAUGCAAUCAGUAGUAGUUGGUUAUAAAGAUGGUAAAACAGCAUCUUUUAAGAAGUUAAUAAUAAGUAAAUGCCAAAGACUAUUUGAAUUAGACAGGGCUAAAGAAAUGGAUUCCGAUAGAAAACUUACUGAAAUCAAUUUGUGCAAAGAUCCAGAAAAGAAGAAGGAACUUCAACUUGAAUUUGAAGAAAAUGAAAGAAGAUUACUCAAACGUUCUAUAGGAAAUUGCCGAUUUAUUGGUGAAUUAUAUAAACAAAAAAUACUUACCCCAAAUAUUAUAUUGUACUGCAUUGUGAAUUUGGUAAAAAACCAUGAUGAAGUAUCACUUGAGUGUUCAUGCAAUUUGUUGAAGACUGCUGGUGAAGAAUUGGAACAAUGUUACUGUUUAAAUGAUACUUUUGAUAAACUGAAAGCUUUAACAUCCAGAGGCAUGAAAUCCAAGAUUCCACCUAGAAUAAAGUUCAUGAUACAGGAUGUCAUCGAGUUACGUAGAGGUAAAUGGAUAUCUGAAAAGAAAGAUCAUCAUCCUGGCUGUAACAAAUUCAAGGGUGGUGAAUACAAAAAAUGCUGUAGAAAUGAUAAUAACUGGAAUGUUGGUCCAAACAAUACUAAGUAUAAGCAACAAAAUUACACUAUUGAUCCACCUAAGGUUUUAAGGCUACAAAAUGUCAAGAAAAUUACAAAUGUGACAACCUUAGAUCCAGCCAAAUGGUCAUUUAACGAGAGUAAAAACAUGAACUAUAAUAUCAGUUACUUAAAUACAGUUCUUAAUAAUAAUAAAAGAUCAAAUUAUCCACACAUUUCACAGCCUGGCGGAACUGUUAAAGAACCAGUGCCAGGAUUGAUCACUAAUUACUUAAACUCAGAAGUAGUUGGUAAAAUUAAUAUCAAAUGUAAAAACAUCCUUUACGAAUAUGAGCAAAUGCAAAAUGUUGAUAAUAUAAUAUAUUCAUUAUCAGAAGAUAAAUCUUUAGUGUUCAUCACAAGGCAUUAUGAGUUUGUGAAAUCACUGUGUCUGUCAGUUAUAACUUCAGACAUUAAUCCUAUUACUCGAACAACAUUGGCAGGAACCAUUUUGGCAGAACUUUUAUCUAAAAAAAUCCUGUCUAUGAAGGUUAUCACUUUAGGAAUUGAUGCUGUCCUUAAAGAUUGGGAUGAUUAUUUGAUGGAUUACCCUCUUUUUUUCUCUUAUAUUGCUGCCAUUAUUGCUCCGUUAUUAUUAUCACAGAAUGCUUCCUUCGAUUUCAACAAUUUAAAAGAUUCUUGUACAUCUAUACGACCAGACAAUUCUAGUAUAUUUUUUACCGAAGUAUUAAAUGAAAUUCAUAAUUUCAAGGAAACACAGAACAUUAAAGAACAACUAGGUGGUAUAUUGUGGAUUUACAAUAAGUGGAUUACGUCAGAAAAUGUUUCUCUUGAACUUUUUAUGUCCAAUAACCAAAUAAAUAAAUAUUUAAAUAAAGUUCAAGUUGGAGUAUUCCUUUUAUCUAUUGCCAUUUAUGAUAAAAUAAUGUUGACUGACAAUAAACUACCGUAUGUUUUUUUGCAGAGCUGGAUAUAUACCAAUUUCGGUGAAGAAAUAAUAAAAAGCCUUUUGUUUGUGCAAGCAUUAACUAUAGCUAUUGUCAUUGUAUGUGUGAAGUUGAAUCUCCCAUACGAAGAUUUCUUUGAUCAUGCUCAUGUGGAAUUGUUGAGACGUUGUAUUGAAUUUGAACCACUCUCAGGACAUGAAAUCCAGGCACGAGAAGUACAAUGUAUGCACGGCAUUCAAAUAAUGUCUGCUACUCUUAAACAUCCUAGAGGAAUGGUAUUGAAACUGUUCAAUAAGCUCUAUCAUCAUAGAAUUAUAAGUAAAGAAUCAUUUGAACUAUUCAUUCAAGAAUAUGAAGAAUUAGCUGGAAAAUACUAAAUACACUGUGUAUUUUCAUCAACCAUCACAAAAUAUUCUGUUUUUUAAUUAAAUUUUUUUUAGAUAUUA